AUAAUAAAAAAAGCCAUUUUAGCUUGGCUUACAUCAUGGAAAGCACAAAGGAGAAGAAUGACAAUUACAAAGAUGAUCUUCUGCUUAGGAUGGGACUUAAUGAUAAUAAAGCAGGAAUGGAAGGAUUGGAUAAAGACAAAAUUAACAAAAUUAUCAUGGAAGCCACAAAGGGGUCCAGAUUUUAUGGAAAUGAACUCAAGAAAGAAAAGCAGGUCAACCAAAGGAUUGAAAAUAUGAUGCAACAAAAAGCUCAGAUUACCAGCCAGCAGCUAAGGAAAGCACAAUUACAGGUUGACAAAUUUGCAAUGGAAUUAGAACAGAGCCGGGAUCUGAACAAUACCAUAGUACACAUUGACAUGGAUGCUUUCUAUGCAGCUGUAGAAAUGAGAGACAAUCCAGAAUUGAAGGAUAAACCCAUUGCUGUAGGAACAAGGAGUAUGUUGUCUACUUCAAAUUACCAUGCAAGAAGGUUUGGUGUUCGUGCGGCCAUGCCAGGAUUUAUUGCUAAAAGACUCUGCCCACAACUUAUUAUAGUGCCCCCAAACUUUGAUAAAUACCGAGCUGUGAGUCAAGAGGUCAAGGAAAUACUUGCUGAUUAUGAUCCCAAUUUUAUGGCCAUGAGUCUUGACGAAGCCUACUUGAAUAUAACAAAGCACUUACAAGAAAGAGAAAAUUGGCCUGAGGACAAAAGAAAGUAUUUCAUCAAAACAGGGAGCUCUCUAGAAAAUGAUAAACCAGGAAAGGAAGUUAAUAAACUGAGUGAGCAUGAAGGAUCCAUCUCUCCACUACUUUUUGAAGAUAGUCCUCCUGAUUUGCAGCUCCCAAGAAAUCCUUUCCAAGUGAACUUUGAAGAACAAAAUAAUCCUCAAAUACUCCAAAGCUCCGUUGUUUUUGGAACAUCAGCGGAGGAAGUGGUAAAGGAAAUUCGUUUCAGAAUUGAGCAAAAAACAACAUUGACAGCCAGUGCAGGCAUUGCCCCAAAUACAAUGUUAGCCAAAGUAUGCAGUGAUAAGAAUAAACCAAAUGGACAAUACCAAAUUCUCCCCAACAGACAAGCUGUGAUGGACUUCAUCAAGGACUUACCCAUUAGAAAGGUUUCUGGAAUAGGAAAAGUUACAGAGAAAAUGUUAAAGGCUCUUGGAAUUAUUACAUGUACAGAACUCUACCAACAGAGAGCAUUACUUUCUCUCCUUUUCUCUGAGACAUCUUGGCAUCAUUUCCUUCACAUUUCCCUGGGUCUAGGUUCAACACACCUGGCAAGAGAUGGAGAGAGGAAAAGCAUGAGCGUUGAGAGGACAUUCAGUGAGAUAAGUAAAGCAGAAGAACAGUACAGCUUGUGCCAAGAACUUUGCAAUGAACUUGCUCAAGAUCUGCAGAAAGAAGGACUUAAGGGUAGAACUGUUACCAUUAAGCUGAAGAAUGUGAAUUUUGAAGUAAAAACUCGUGCAUCUACAGUUUCAUCAGUUAUUUCUACUGCAGAAGAAAUAUUUGCUAUUGCUAAAGAAUUGCUAAGAACAGAAAUUGAUGCUGAUUUGCCACAUCCCUUGAGAUUAAGGCUUAUGGGUGUGCGGGUAUCUAGUUUUCCCAAUGAAGAAGACAAGAAACACCAACAAAGGAGCAUUAUUGGCUUCUUACAGGCUGGAAACCAAAGCCUGUCAGCCACUGGGUGUACACUAGAGAAAACUGACAAAGAUCAGUUUCUAAAACCUCUAGAAAUGUCUCAUAAGAAGAGUUUCUUUGAUAAAAAACGAUCGGAAAGGAAAUGGAACCACCAAGACACAUUUAAAUGUGAAACUGUGGAUAAACAAAGUUUACAGACAUCCCAAUCAUUCCAAGUUUUAAAGAAGAAGAUGAGUGAGAAUUUAGAAACGUCAGAGAAUUCAGAUAACUGUCAGAUAUUUACCUGUCCUGUUUGCUUUAGGGAGCAAGGAAUCAUCAGUCUGGAAGCCUUUAAUAAACAUGUAGAUGCAUGUCUUGAUGGGCCUUCGAUCAGUGAAAACUCUAAAAUGUCCUCAUGUUCACAUGCUUCCUCUACAGAAGUUAACAAGAAAGAAAAUGUACAUCCUUCUUUUUCACUCUGUGAGAAGCAGGAUUAUGAAACCCAUCAGAAUAUAGAAAUCACUUCAAUAGAUUGUGUAGAGUUGGUAGAGACUGUAGGUAACCCAUCUAAAGCAGAAGGUGUAGAUGCUUUAAGUGAUAAGCACAGCAAAGAGGAGUGUUGUAGUCUUCCAAGCAGACCAUUUAAUGUUGAACACUGUCAUCAGGAUUCUUGUACUGGUUUCUUGGAAAAUGAAGAUGUUGAGUCCCUAAGAAGGCAAGAAGCCCUCCAACCUUAUUUACGUGAAAUGGUAGCAGACCAAGCUCUAGUCUGUCCUGUUUGUAACCUGGAACAAAAGACUUGGGAUCUCACCCUGUUCAAUGUGCAUGUGGAUGUUUGCUUAAACAGAGGCGUUAUCCAGGAACUGAGAAGGGAUCAAGUUAAUCCUGUUAACCAACCCAAAGAAAGCACCAGAAGUGCUGGUACCUCAGGCAGAGUACAGAAAACUUUAACAAAAACAAAAAGUCAAACAAUAGAAUUCUACACAGUGGUGAAAAUGAAGGAAAUAGCUAAUCAGAAAGUGGAUGAAUAUCCCAAACAUAAUGUGAAGCAAAAGAAGCAGGUCCUAUAA